AUGGGCGCUAAAAUCCCCGACGAUACUUCUGCUUCGUCAAAGACGAUGAGCCAAUCUUUCACUAGCUCGUAUCCUGAGAGCCAAGCGCCGUCAAACUCAAAUUCCUCGGGUGCGAUACAAAGAUUUCAACAGCAGCCGCAGCCCUCUUUCGUGAUCGGCGGAAUACCAUACCUUUUCCCAUCGAUUUUUGGGGUUUACAGGGAUGGUAUGAGGAAACUUUGUCUCGCGGAACACCAUGUCUCGACACCAUUUAUGUCUAUUGCUGUACAUUCUGGUUUCUCUGGCGAGCCCUCGAUUAUUCUUUCCUCUCCCACAGCAGUGAUGGGAACUGCAGAUCUCCACACAUUUUCCUCCAAGACUGAGAUCGUUAUCGGUAAUACCUCAUCGACUUUACACUCUUCAGGCUUCAUUUCACCGGUCUAUGACUUCACCUAUACAUUUGACGAUGGACGCCAGGAAUCAUUUCAGUGGAAAAGAAGCGCCGGCGCGGCAGUUGCAGGUUUAGGCGGCAGGAGUAGGGGGUACAAGCUUGUGAGGGUCCUUAACGGGGAGGUAUUAGCGGCUUGGACACAUCCAGGCGGUCCAAGUAUCGAUAAGAUGGCGAAGAUUGGACUGUUGGAUAGUAUGAGAGCGCUUGGCUGGGGUGAAAGAUGGGAAGUAACGCUUGUGCUAUCAGCCAUAGCACUUAUUGAAAAAGAGAGAAGGGCAAGGAACAAUGCUGCUGCGGCGGCGUAG